AUGGGGAGCUAUAGAUUGGGUACAGCGCUGCUAGAUUCCUGUUCGCAAGUCAAUUUUAUCACAGAUGAAUUUUCGCAAAGGUUGCUGCUGCCAAGAAACAAAUAUAACAUAGAAAUUCAAAGCAUCGGCUUGUCAUCAACAAAUAUUAAAUUCAAAACUUCUACUAACAUCAAGUCGCAAUUCACCGCCUUCGAGCUUCCAUUAACUUUUUGUAUUACAUCGCACAUUGCUUAUCAACCAGAUCCGGAAAUCAACAUUUCAACAUGGAAUAUUCCAAACAACAUAGUACUCGCUGAUGAUGAAUUUCAUAGACCAAAGAAAAUCGAUAUGUUGCUGGGGACGGAAACGUUCUUCAGUCUGCUAUCUGUAGGUCAAAUCCAUCUUGGGUCUAAUUUACCUAUCUUGCAAAAAACGCACUUAGGCUGGAUCAUUUCGGGACGCUAUAAUACCGGCAGUAACAAUAUAUCUAAACCAUCUUGUUUAUUUUUAGCCAAUGAAUCUUUAGAUGCCAAAUUGGAAAGGUUGUGGAAAUUGGAAGAAGUUAGUACCAUCCCAGAGCCUUGGACUCGUGGACAACAGAUUUGCGAUCAUUUAUACAAUGCAACUGCAUCAAGAAGACCUUGCGGCAGAAUAGUUGUCAAACUCCCUUUCAAGGAUGAUCCGACGUGCUUGGGCGAGUCAUACACUACGGCAUUGCGACGAUUCAAUGCACAAGAACGUCGAUUAGCUAAAUUACCACAAUUGAAAACACAGUACGUUGAAUUUAUGAAUGACUACGAGAGCCUGGGUCAUAUGAGCAUUGCAAAGAAUCCAAAUCUGAGCGAACCGCAUUAUUUUAUACCACAUCAUUUCGUUCUUAAACCAGCAAGUACAACAACAAAGCUUCGAGUCGUAUUUGACGCCUCCUGUCGAACUACAUCCCAAAAAUCACUAAACGAUAUUCAGAUGGUUUGCACUCACGGCGGACAUAGUCAAGAUGUAGCGGCAAGUAUUAAUGCACGAAGAUGA